GUCGACAUCAAAACGCGUAAAAUGCAAUAAAAAAAAUCUUAGUCUUCACACUAACGUAGCCUAACUUUUCAUCAUUUGUAGCAAACCAGCAUUUUACAAAAUCAACUUAUAGCUCAUGACUAAGUUUACUUUGAACGGUGCAAGCGGCUUUAAGCUGCUAUCUCUGACCAAUCUAUUGUCAGCAUUCUGUUUUCAAAAUAGCUCAUUCUAAUCUAUUUCACUUAACCUUCUCUGCACUCUACCCGUCUUCAACACAACUUGCACACUUUUGGCCUAGAUUCCUUGCAAAAUUUAGAGGAGUUUAAGAAUAUGUAGAGUGGGGAACACGGGGCACGAGGGUCUUGUUCAUGGGUCUUAAACUUUAUGAAACAAUCAUAUGUUCCUUCCCUUUUUCAGUGUUGUGUUGGGUGACUGUCCCUCUUAGUUGACACCAAUGAGAAUCACAUUAGUUUCAUUGCUUUCUUUCUUUCUCUGCUACUUGAUAUUUCUCAGUAUCUACUUCUCUGCCGCCAGUGGCAAAUGUCUAGAGGAUCAACAAUCAUUGCUGAUUCAACUGAGGAACAACCUCACAUUUGAGCCUGAAAAUUCCAGCAAACUGAAGUUGUGGAAUCAAAGCAUCGAUUGCUGCAAUUGGAGUGGUGUAACUUGUGACGAGGAGGGACGUGUCACUGGCAUUGACCUGAGUGGAGAAUUGAUCGGUGGUGGAUUUGAUGAUUCGAGUGUUGUUUUCAGUCUUCAACAUCUCCAGAAAUUGAAUUUGGCCGGUAAUAAUUUCAGUUCUGCCAUUCCAUCUGGAUUUAACAAGUUGGAAAAUUUGACAUAUCUCAAUUUGUCAUGGUCGGGCUUUGAGGGUCAGAUUCCGGUAGAGAUUUCUCAAAUGACAAGGUUGGUUACUCUUGAUCUCUCUUCUUUUUCCUCUUUAACUGGGCAUGGACUAAAGCUUGAGAACCCAAAUCUAAGAAAGCUUGUCCAAAAUCUCACAAGUAUUAGGCAACUGUAUUUGGAUGGUGUAAGUAUAUCAGAUGCAGGACAUGAAUGGUCCAGUGCUUUGAUGCCACUGCGUGACCUACAAGAAGUUCGCAUGUCACAGUGCAAUCUUUCAGGACCCCUGGAGCCUUCCCUGGCAAGCCUUGAGAAUCUAUCAGUCAUUGUUCUUGAUGCCAACAAUUUAUCUUCCGAAGUUCCAGAAACAUUUGCCAAUUUGAAAUUUCUGACCAUCCUAAGUCUUCCUUCUUGUCAGUUGACUGGAACAUUUCCACAGAAGAUCUUCAACAUUGUAACAUUGUCAAUUGUUGACGUAUCUUUCAACAACAAUCUCCAAGGUUUCUUUCCAGACUUCCCACCAGGAUCUCUUCAGACCUUAAGAGUAAGUAACACAAGCUUCUCUGGAGCAUUUCCAAACUCUAUUGGGAACAUGAGGAACUUAACUGAAUUGGAUUUUUCUUAUUGUCGAUUUAACGGAACGCUUCCCAAUUCAUUGUCAAACCUCACAGAACUCAGUUACCUGGACUUGUCAUAUAACAACUUUACAGGUCGAAUUGCAUCGUUUGACAUGGCCAAAAAACUUACCUACUUAGACCUUUCUAAUAAUGGUUUGAGUGGUGCAGUUUCGUCUUCUUCUCACUUUGAAGGACAGAAGAAUCUCAUUAGCAUUGACCUGGGUUAUAACGCGAUUGGUGGGAGCAUUCCUUCAUCCCUUUUUACACUUCCACACCUGCAAAAAAUUAUGCUUUCCCAUAAUCAGUUUGGUCAACUAGAUGAAUUCACAAAUGUGUCUUCUUCUAAAUUAAUAAUCCUCGACUUAAGUAGCAAUAAUCUAUCAGGGUCUUUUCCAACAUCUAUAUACCAACUCAGUAGACUCUCUGUCCUCACACUUUCUUCAAACAAGUUAAACGGGAAAAUAAAUCUAGAUAAGCUUUCCGAACUCAGAAAUUUAACUACAUUAGAUCUUUCAUACAACAACUUAUCAGUCGAUGUGAAUGACACAAAUGCUGACCAAUCUUACUUUCCCAGCAUCAGCAAUCUAAGGUUGGCAUCCUGCAACUUGAAAACUUUCCCUGGUUUCUUGAGAAAUCACUCCAGAAUAGCUUCUCUAGAUCUUUCAGAUAACCAUAUCCAAGGAAUGGUGCCCAACUGGAUAUGGAAACUACAGAAUCUUGAAAGGCUUAAUAUUUCUCAUAAUUUGUUGACUCAUUUGGAAGGACCUUUGAAGAAUUUAUCUUCCAAGUUGGUUGUCCUUGAUCUUCAUCAUAAUAAACUUCAGGGGCCAUUACCUGUUAUUCCUGAAAAUACGCUCUAUUUGGAUUUCUCAAGCAACAAAUUUAACUCUGUUAUCCCACAAGACAUUGGUAAUUACAUGCCUUUCACAUUUUUUCUCUCUCUCUCAAACAAUACUUUGAGUGGCAGUAUCCCGGAUUCCCUCUGCAAUGCUACAUAUCUUCAAGUGCUUGAUCUUUCCAAUAAUAACAUUUCUGGAGCCAUUCCCUCAUGUUUAAUGGCAAUGAAUGAGAACCUUGGGGUAUUAAAUCUGAGAAAGAACAAUCUCACGGGUCCUGUGCCAGAUAUGUUUUCAGCUGCUUGUUCUCUAAGGACUCUGGAUCUCCAUAACAACAUAUUAGAUGGAAAGAUUCCAAAAUCUCUUUCAAAUUGUACUUCAUUAGAAGUGUUGGACCUUGGAAAAAACAAGAUUAUGGAUGUCUUUCCCUGCUUGUUGAAAAACAUAUCCACACUCCGGGUCUUAGUCUUACGAAAAAAUAAUUUGCAUGGUCAAAUUGGAUGUCCAAAGACCAACGGAACAUGGCAUAUGCUUCAAAUAGUGGAUCUGGCCUUCAACAAUUUCACUGGCAAGCUACCUGGAAACUGCUUCACAAGGUGGGAGGCAAUGAUGUCUGAUGAAAACCAAGCUGAAUCCAAGGUAAAACAUAUCCAAUAUCAGUUUCUUCAAUAUGGUAACCAAAUAUAUUAUCGUGAUUCAGUGACAGUUACAAUAAAAGGUCAACGGAUGGAUCUGAUUAAGAUUCUAACUGUCUUCACUUCGAUCGAUUUCUCAUCCAACCAUUUUGAAGGGGAAAUACCAAAUGAGCUAUUUGACUUUAAGGCACUCUAUACCCUUAACUUGUCAAAAAAUGCCUUUUCUGGCAAAAUUCCACAAUCAAUUAGAAAUCUGAAGGAGCUUGAGUCCUUAGACUUAUCAAAGAACUUACUGGAAGGAAAUAUUCCCACGGAACUUGCAACUUUAUCCUUCCUAUCAGUCCUUGACCUCUCUUUCAAUAAUCUCUUUGGGCGAAUCCCCACAGGCACCCAAAUUCAAUCAUUUCCAGAAACUUCGUUUAUUGGUAACAAAGGAUUGUGUGGCCCGCCUUUGAAUACAAACUGCAGUGCCAAUGCCAGUCCUGAAACUACAAAAACAGCCAAAGACUUUGAUUGGCAGUACAUAGUCACUGGAGUUGGUUUUGGGGUUGGAGCCGGAGUAUUUCUUCCGAUAUUGAUGAUAUGGGAGAGAGGAAGGAAAUGGAGCAAUAAUACCAUUGAUAAUUUUCUUAUGCGAGUUUUUUCACUGUUCGGGUUAGCUUAUAUCCCCAUUGAGGAUGACGAAGGGGGUGAUGAUGCAGAAGACCUGGAAGAUGAUUCUAGUGAAGAAGAUGAUUGGGACUAUCCAAGCUUCAAAGGAAGGUACUGUGUUUUCUGUUCGAAACUUGACAUAUCUAUGAAGAGGGUCAUUCAUGACCCCAGUUGCACAUGUUACCCCUCAUCAUCAGCUUCAAAUUCUACUCAUUCAUCAAAAUCAUAUUCCCCUUAAUAACACACAAGGUGAUCAUUUUCUGAUU